AUGUCACAGAUCAUUGCAUUUGUCACUGGCGCAACUGGCCAUCAGGGCGGUGCGGCUACUCGAAAGCUCCUAAGCACUGGCGUCAAAGUCCACGCACUUGUUCGAGACCCAUCAUCCAAAACCGCCAUUGAGCUCCAGCAUCUCGGAGCGCAGUUGUUCCCCGGAAAUUUCGAUGAUGUAUCUUCACUCAAGACUGCGGUCAAAGGAGCCACCGCCGUGUUUCUCAAUGUCAUGCCGGUGUUUCCUGACACCAACUUGGAGGUGGUUCAUGCAAAGAGCAUUAUCAGCGCCGCUAUUGGAUCUGGAACAGUCACCAGCAUAGCCUAUUCCAGCCUUACGAUGACGGGAAAGCAUGGAAAUUUUCCAAACUGGGGGCCUGACUACCCGAUGGCGUGGUACUGGCUGAACAAAGCCCAGAUCGAGUCAAUGGUGCGAGAAUCUGACUUGGGUGUUGAAUCUCUUACGCCUGCUCAGAUUGUGCAGGAGCUGAGUCGGGUUAGCGGAGUGGAAAUUGGGCUGGAGUUCUAUGAUGAGGAAGAAGCGAAAGAUCUUGCAGUGAGAAACCCCAAGAUCUAUGCCGAGUUGUGGGCGAAUGAAGUUGGAUAUCAAGUCGACUUCGAGGAAUUGGAGAAAUAUGGUAUCCGACCAACCAAGUUCUCGGAAUAUCUUGAGAAGCAUAGAGACCAGGUCAUUCAGACGUUUGCUUGA